AACAGAUGAACAUCGAAACUGAUAUUAUCACUUUGACUAGAUUCAUUUUACAAGAACAACAAAAGUAUGCUCCUGGAGCUACUGGUGAAUUAUCCUUGUUAUUAAACUCUUUACAAUUUGCAUUCAAAUUUAUAGCCCAUAAUAUUAGAAGAGCUGAAUUAGUUAAUCUUAUUGGUAUUUCUGGUACUGCUAAUUCUACGGGGGAUGUUCAAAAGAAAUUGGACGUUAUUGGUGAUGAAAUUUUUAUAAAUGCUAUGAAAUCUUCUAAUAAUGUCAAGGUUUUGGUUAGUGAAGAACAAGAAGAUUUAAUUAUUUUUGAAGGUGGUGGUCGUUAUGCUGUUUGUACUGAUCCGAUUGAUGGCUCUUCAAAUAUUGAUGCCGGGGUCUCAGUCGGUACAAUUUUCGGUAUUUACAGAUUAAAGGAUGACUCAAAAGGUUCAAUCAAUGAUGUGUUAAGAAAAGGUACUGAAAUGGUUGCUGCUGGUUAUACUAUGUAUGGUGCGUCUGCUCAUUUGAUGUUGACUACCGGUUAUGGUGUUAACGGUUUUACUUUAGAUACUCAAUUGGGUGAAUUUAUUUUAACUCAACCAAAUUUAAGAAUUCCAAACAAGAGAGCUAUUUAUUCUGUCAAUGAAGGUAAUUCUUAUUACUGGCCAGAAUAUGUCAAGAAGUAUAUUACCGAUUUAAAGUCUCCUCAAGAUGACUUGAAAGGUAAGCCAUAUAGUGCUAGAUAUGUUGGAUCUAUGGUAGCUGAUAUCCAUAGAACCUUAUUAUAUGGUGGAAUUUUUGCUUAUCCUGCUGAUACUAAAUCCAAAAAUGGUAAAUUAAGAAUUUUAUAUGAAUGUUUCCCAAUGGCUUUAUUAAUGGAACAAGCUGGUGGUUCUGCUAUUAAUGAUAAAGGUGAAAGAAUUUUAGAUAUUUUACCAAAGGGAAUUCAUGAUAAAAGCGGUAUUUGGUUAGGUUCCAAAGGUGAGGUUGAGAAAUUCAUCUCAUAUAUUGAAAAGUAAUUCAUAUAAAUAUAUAGAACUAAUCAUAUAGCGUUCAUUUUUUCCCCCGUAUAAUUGUUGCAAAAUUUAACGACUUUUAGCAUAUGUAUGAUAUUGGGGUUAAUAGAGUCCUUUUAAGAAAUAGAGCUUUCUUAAAGAGUUUUCUAUCCCUCUACUUAAAAUAUACAUAGUAAUCUCA